AUGGAUCUUUUUGAUCCUACUACUGUUCAGAAUAUCAUGAGUAUUCAUAUUUCUCACAUCUCUUCAUUUGAUAAAUGGGUUUGGGCUCCUUCUCCUUCAGGGCAAUUUUCAGUGAAAUCUGCGCAUGAGAUUUCUAUUGCUCAAGGGGGUCGUGUUUCUCCUUUCUUUGUGGAUACCUGGAAAUCCCUUUGGGGUCUUAAAAUUCAGGCUAGGCUUAAACAUCUCUUAUGGAAGAUUGCUUGGGAUAUGUUGCCUUCACGUGCAAAUAUAGGUAGAUUUAUUAUCUCCGAGGAUAUGGAUGCUUGGGUUUGUCCCUUCUGUAAGAAUUCUCUUGAAACUUUAUCUCAUAUUUUCUUGGAAUGUGAUUUAGCUAGAAUUUUAUGGAGGAGUUCUAGUUGGCCUCUUUUUCCCUCAGCUUUCGCUUCUAGACAUAUAUCAGAUUGGAUUCUUGCUAUUAUUUUUCCUGUGAAGAUGCUUGCUAUUCCUAAAUAUGAAGUUAGGAAAUUCCAAUUGUUUGCUUCUCUUACUUUAGACUUCAUCUGGAUGGCUCGGAAUAAACUUAUUCAUGAUGGAAUUCAAUCUUCUCCUGCAAAAGCAAUCAAGCAAAUUCCUUAUACUUUGGGCUUGCAUCAUCAGGCUUGGUCUGAUUCUAUUUUACCUUCUAUUUGGACUCCACCUUUUGCUGGAUGUAUCAAAGGAAACUUUGAUGUUGCUGUCCAUGGUGAUUUUGCUGUUGCUGCUGCAGUUAUUAGUGAUGAAAAUAGUAAUAUUAUUCUAGCUUUUACUCAAAAGCUAUCUUAUUCUGAUGCACUGCUUGGAGAACCUUCUGCUGCUCUUUUGACUUCUCAAUUGGCUACAUCUUCUGGUUGUGGGAAUUUAUUUUUGGAGGGAGAUGCUUUACUUGUUAUUCUUGCUAUCAACAAUCCUCAUCUUUUCUCUUCUUGGUCUUUUGCUAAUUGUAUUUCAGAUAUUAGCUUAGUUUUAUCUUCCUUUCAUAGCUGGAAUGCUGUGAAAGUGUCUCGUAGUGCCAUUUUUCGGGCACAUUGUUUAGCUAAGUGGGCCGCUUCCAAUCAUAUUUUUGGAAGCAUUCCUAUAGGAUCUCCUAUUUUCUCUUCCAUUAGGAUACGAAGCGGGAAAGAUCCAACCUUGUAA